GAGGCGAUCUUUGCUCCAAACAUGGCCGCUCGCAUGUGAAUGUCAUGCCACUAUAAUCCUUCAUGUGAAUGAGUUCAUUUCAGGUGUAACUGGUUAGAGUGGAGGUUUAAACGUAAAUCUGAUCUAACGGGUUUUUUUUUACUUUAUUCAUUAAAGUUAGUCACGCAUUGGUAAGUCCAGAAUUUCCUCGGAUCCGAAGAUCUAGAGACCAGCUUACUGAACACAUUAGCAAACCAGUGGCUCGCCACCGAGUCGGUUGAGAUGGAUCCUGACCAGCAGCUGAGAAACCUGCGGGAUUUCCUUUUGGUUUACAACCGCAUGACUGAAAUCUGCUUCCAGCGCUGCACAAGCAACUUCAACUACAGGAACCUCACAAUGGACGAGGAGCGCUGUGUGGACAACUGUGCUGGGAAGCUGAUUCGCACAAACCACCGCUUGAUGGGCACGUAUGUGCAGCUGAUGCCUCGGAUGGUGCAGCGAAGGAUGGAGGAGAUGGAGAGCAAGGCUGCAGAGAAUGCAAAGGCAGCCGAGGCUGCAGCUACACCUGGAACCAUUGGGACUGGAGCCGAAGCCACACCAUCAAUUCAGACAUCUAUAAGUUCACCUCCACCUACUCAGAUAACCUCAUCAGUGACUGAAGUAGCACCAGAAGUCCAUGACUCACCCUUAAAACCAGCAGCAUUAGCAAUUCCAGCUAAUACCGUAGCCACAGGAAUAGGUUUAUCAGCUAGCGCACCACUUACACCCAGGACUGAUGGUGUAAAUGUCUCAGAGCUUAAAGAAACUGGAUUAGGAUUUCCUCAGCCUGCUGUGUCUGGAAUCCAGAAUGACUUUGGCAGCCCUAAAGCAUCACCAUGACCAGAAAAUGGACCAAAAGGCAGAUCCUACAAAGUCUAAAUCAUGAGGCCUGACAGGCCAAGAGAGUCAUGAAUCAAAGAAGUCUUACCGGUCAAACUGAAAUCUCUGUCCUCAACAUCCAGGCAAAACAAUCUUUGAAAUCUAUGAAAUGAUGAGGAUUAUUUUGACAGAGUACUAUUAUUUUUAUUUUUUUACUUUUUUAGAUUUGUCUUGUGGCUGCAGUCAUACACAUGUCAUCUUUUUUUUAUUUUAGAUUAAUAAAUAAUUAAAGGAUUGCUGACAACGUUAACGUAAAGGUAUAGUUCAGGGUUUUUUUUUAAAAGUUGUUUUCUGAUUAAAAUCUAAAAUGUAUAUGUUUAUGUGCUUUACAGCUGAGGUCCCCAACCCAGGUCCUCACACCCCACUGUCCUGCAUGUUUUAGGUGUUUCUCUGCUUCUUUACACCUGGCUUAAAUAAAUGGGUGAUUAACGGACUUCUGCAGCAACUGGAGCUAAGCAGAUGAGUUAAUGCCACCAUUUUUACCAUUCUGGAAACAUCUAAAACAUGCAGGGUAGUGGACCUUGAUUACCCGGGUUGGGGGCCUCUGCUUUACAGAUGGAAAAUAAAAACAAAAAAGGAAAACAUUAUACAUUGCAGUGGUGAAGUAAGGGAAAACAGACUACACAUUACGAUGGUCCAGUUAUUAAUUAAAAGUACCUAUAAACAAAUGGUCCUUUAGUUUAUAUUUAAAUCAACAGGUGUUUCAGUAUUUCGGGAUUUUCUGGAAGUUUAUUUUGGUGAUUAAGCCCAAGUACAUCCUAAGAAUGAAAUAUGCCAUUCUAAGGCAUUUCAGAAGUAGUAAUUUAUAUAUUUUUUUGUAUAAAAAUGCCAACUCAAUUAAGUAGCUUCUUUGACUUAAAAUCAUCUUACAAGUUCAAUUCAGGUUCACAUUAAAUUCAGUUCAGCUUAUUUAUAUAGCACCAAUUCACAACAUAUACUUUCAGUUCAGUCAUACAUACCUACUAGUUGAUCCUAUUUACCAAACAGUGCAAUAAGUUUUGUUCAUUAUUAAAAUUAGCUUAAAAAGGUUUCUAUUGAAGAAAAUCAUUUACAUUUAAUUAAGUUAUAGAUUUGUAGCAUUCACUCAAAUGAGCACGUAGUGACAGCAGAAUCCUUCAUACAGCUUCACACGGAUGCAUGUUGCAACAGUGAAGAGGAAGAACUACCCUUUUAUACAGAAAAAAGCUCUGGCAGAACCUGGCUCAGUGCAAGCAAACAUCUCCCACCAAUUGGGAGUUUGAGAAGACAGAGCAGAUACACAAAAAUGAAACAGAAAAACUAAUGUAGGCGUACCUUCUAUGCAAAUAAAAAAGUAAAAAGUUAGUAGGAAGUGCUCCACCUCCUACUUCCAUUUUCCAUAUGAAACGGGACAAACAUGACGAUAUAAACUUUAAAGCUACGGUGCUAAAAAGUUAUUUCAGAAAUCCACCUUGGUCUCACUUUCUGUUGAACUAGCUGCUAGCUUUAGAUUUCAAGAUAAGAUAAUGUGGAUUUAGAGUUCAUGCCCAUGCUUUUAAAUAGUUACUUCUGUUUGCUGUUUAUUAUGUCUGAGAGUUUGGUCAAUUUAAAACAGUGGUGAAAGGUAAUGAGGUCAUGUUGAUGCACUAUGAUGUGAACAAACAGCGCAAGUUAUAAAAGAAAUAGUUAAAAUCCAAAUUUUUCAUGUAACACAUUACGAAAUAAAGAUUGUUAUAUAUCAA